ACUGCACUGCCCGCUCGCUCGCUCGUGUUGCUUCUACUGCACCACACACGCAGCACACCGCGCAGCACACCACAACAUGGGGGACUGGGGUUAUGAGUACGAUUCGGAGGAUAGCGAGGAGUAUGGAUCGUUUCUGGCGGAGCCCGUUCCCGUGGCAUACGCAUCGGACGACUUUGACGGCCCGCCCAGCGACAUUCCCGUCUUCCAAUAUCCCAAUUCGCAAAACACUCAGGAAGAGGAGGACAAAUUCAACGGUGCACACGACUCCGGUCCGUACCAUGACCACUUGUUGCCUCGCAAGAUGUUUGUGCGCCAAAGCCACAAGCAGCUGUGGAAGGGGUUUGGCAUUCCAGUCCCAAGCAAGCUGAACAUUCUUCAGUCAGUGCGUUGCCUGGAAUAUGGUGUCAUCUCCGACUGGAAGAGCGAGCGUGGUUUUGGUUUCAUCAAAAGCGGCCGGUUUCCUGGCCAAUCCCUGUUCUUUCACGUCUCGAGCUUCAACUUCCAUGUUGGGCGUGAUGACAGAAGUCUGCUUCACAUGCCCGUCGAGUUCGAAAUUGUGGAUCGUGGGCGCAGAGGCAUCGGCGCCGUCAACAUUGACAUUGUCCACAGAUCAGAACUUGCGGCACACGACAAAUCUUACAUGCCGUUCAGAUGCAGCGGUCGCCGUGGCCACACCUUCAAGGGACUCUGCGUCCAAUUUGUGCACGGUCCUUUCUGCCAGAUUGCGCCCACCCUCCCACGGCUCAAACAUGGCACUCCUGUGAUAGUCACAGAAAUAGCCGUGUGUCUGACCAAUUACGACGACAUUAUCAUCACCGAGAUGUACCAUGAUCCGCGGCCAUGGAAGGAGGCGCCAGAAUGGCACCUCUCCGUGCACGACUGCUUUGACGACUGCGACGACUAUGGUCAUGUCAUUGAAGACCCUGUGGUUGAUGACGAGGAUGACUACUAUGAUGAUGAUGAUGAUGGUGAUGAUUAUGACGGUGAAGAUGAAACUGCGAGUUGCAAUGACCUUGAUGGCGAUGGCGGCGAUGGCUAUGAUGAUGACGAUUAUGAUGAUGAUGAUGAUGAUGAGCAACAGCCACAGCAGCAACAGCAGCAACAGAAACAGCAACGUCAGCAGCCACAGCAGCCACAACGUCAGCAGCAGCAACAGCAGCCACAACGUCAGCAGCAGCCACAGCAGCCACAAGAGCAACAGCAGCAACAGCAGCAGCAAGCAAUGUCGCCCAAGCCUGUUCGAUUCACAGUGCAAUCUGAGCAGGUGCACGGCAUCGUCGUUGCAAUCCGCCCGCACCUUGCGCUUGUGUUCAUCCCUGAUGGGCGCGGUGUGUCUGUGCCGCUGCACAAGAUCAAGCACCCGAUCGCUGUUGGCGACGCACUCUCCUUCGCCCUCACCAGCACCACAGACGCCGACCCGCAUGCGCUGUUUGUUGUGCCGGCCCCGCAAUUCGAGAUGGCAGCAGCGCAUGCUGGCGAGUGCGUUGGACGUGUCAUGUCGGAACCAAAGGGCUACGAGCCUGGGCGUAUUGUUGUGGAGCGAGUCAUCCCAGAUGCCAGCAGCAGCCAGACGACACACCACCCCACAUCGGGCCCGGCUGUUGGCGAUCAGGUGGACUACUUCGACCACAUUCUCGACAACACGACGCUUCGUGUCGGCGACACGGUUCGCGUCAAUGUGAGCAGCUACGCUGUGCGACCUGACCGUUGCUUCUGCACAACUGCGACGAUCUUGACGCGAAGCGCCCGCUCAUACGGGUGGGUGAAGCGGCUGAUGCCUGGCUCCGGGUUUGGAUUCAUCACCUCAUUCCCCAAACUGGACGACAUCUUCAUGCCCUUCUCAAACGUCGUUGGCCACUGCGAGCUGGACGUGAACAUGUGGGUGGAGUUUGAGAUCACGCCGUCACCGCGUGGGCCGGUUGCUGCGCGUGUGUGCCAGGCCGACCCCGCUGUCAUCAAUGCCAUGCUCGUCAAGGAUCCAGAUGCACUCGAGGGCGUCGUCGACUCUGCGCCGACACGCGCGCAGAUGGGCAGGAUCCUGUAUCGGCCGCCUCGUCCGGACAAUCGCCCCGCUGUUCCACGCGUGGAGAUGAUUGACACAACGCCGGCGUUUGGCGAAGUAGAUCAGAGCGACCUGAGGGUUGCGCUGUGUGCGCUGAACAGCCUGGCGCAUCCACAGCAGCCGCCGAAGAAAGGCGACCAUGUCCGCUUCAGACUCGUCCAGGGAUCCGCCUACGCCGUCGACGUCACAAAGAUUUGUGGACCAAAGUUGACGACAAGCACGAUUCAGGGCACAAUCACGAAACGGUUUGCACGCUACGCCAGCGUCCACUUCAAAUCCCCGCUGCAUGAUGUUGUGCUGGAGAGGAUGUUCAUGGCGCAGCAGUACCGGGGCGACUACGACAGGGUUGCUGUUGGCGACGGCGUGCGGGUGGAGGUCGACAUCGUACGGGAGGACACAAGCGCAACCACCGACGACGACGACGACGACGAUGAUGGUGGUGACGACGCUGAAGGGAAGAGGGUUGGUGCGGAGGGAAGGGAAGCAGAUGUGCAGGGUGGCGAUGCUGAUGGUAGCGAUCAUGAAGGGGCGGGUGUGUGCGUGCGUGUGGUUGCGGUGAUGCCACGGGCUCGUGUCGGCCAUUGAUUGGCGAUUCGUAAGCACACUGGUGAUGAUGAUGGUGGUGGUGGUGGUGGUGGUGGUGG